GUUAGCGUCUUGGUGAAGUAGUCUGUAGGGUCUGAGUUAAUCUCUUUUAAUUGCAGAUGUAGGUCAUUAUCACACUUUUAUUUUAUCAUAACCGUUUAGUCUCCAAAAGUAGGAGAGAUCGCGAGUAGGCAUGGCUGAUAGAAGCUACAAGGAUGGCCGUGAUACGUCAACGCGACUGUCAGCAACAACAACAACAAAUGGUGGCGCGGGUGGAAGCUUGACACGGUUGACAUCGAGUAGCGGACAGAUGCAAAACUUACUGCAAGAAUUCCGCGGCCUUUAUGAAGGCAGACUUAAACGUCUGGACGAGUCCGGUAAAACUGGGGAAGACACACAGAAGACUCGUAUGCGCAUCCUGCAGUCUUACGUGAAUGAUCUCAGUGAACAAAAUGAAGUUUUGGUUCAGACGGUGGAGGAGUUAGAAAGAGAGGCCAAUGAGCGAGUCACCCUGUUAGAAUCCAAACUACAUAAAACAACUGAUUCUGUAAAGGAGUACAUGGCCAAGGCCCGAGAUUACGAGAGGGAACUGAGAACACUGUCAAUAGAGAAAGCUCGUGCAGAAGCUUUGCGAGAGGACCUUCAGACAAGGCUGUCCCGCCUGGAGGCAGACAACUCUAAACUGAGAAAGGAACAGACAAACCUGAACCAUGACAUUGAUGCCUUGAUCAGUAUCAUCAGUACAGCUCGUUCUACUGGUCGCUGGCAGGUGGACAAUGUCAGAUUUCGAGAAAUUUCGAUUGAACAAGUUUUUGGGUCAUUCAGUGAGAGUUGCCACCAUUGUAAGUAUUUUCUGUCUGAUGUCAUGAAGCAGGUUUCUGAUGCAUCAGGGGAUGUCAGCAGGCUAAGGGACGCCCGGGAUGAGUUAAUGCGUAAAGACGAUAUUAUCAAUUCCCUCAGGCAAGAGUUACGAUCAUCCAGAAGGGAGUCGGGAGAGUUGCCAUAUAGCUCAUCUGACCCCAGCUCAGACAGAAGACAUGCAGAGCUUUCAAGGUUGAAAACAGAGCUGAGGCUUUCCAAACAAAAAUCAGAAGAUCUGCAGGUUGAGUUACAGUCUAAGGACAGACGCUUUGCUGGACUGCAAACCCAGGUGUCUGAAUUACGCAAUGAUUUGGCAUUCAAAGAAUCUGAGGUGAAAACUCACACACAAACUGUCAAAGUGCUACAGGAGAAAUUGAAACAUUCCACAGCAGAGUUAAGUAAAACAGAAGAAAAUGUACGUCAGCUGAAGCAUGAGGCCUCUUCUCUACAAGAUAUCCAUUCCCAGACCAGACUUGAUGUGUCUCAUUUUGAGAGAAGAAUUAAGACACUGGAAAAUGAACUGCAAGAAUCAAAAGAGCAGAGAAGGAAAGCUCUGGAGGAGAUUGGAGCCCUCCAGAACCGUCUUCGUGACAGUCAUGUCUCCACCCAGGAUCACCAUGAUAUCCUGAAGUCUGAGCUGGCGCGCAGGGACGAAACCAUCCAGAAGCUACGACAGGAUGUUCUCAUUCUGCAGGAGAAACGAGAUAAUGCAGUGUCAGAAUUGGAUGUGGAGUCAACAACCACAAAGAAGUUACACGAUAAAUUGGGUAGAAAGCAGGAAGAGAUUCAUCGACUGGAAAGUAAAGUAAAGAGCCAGGAGCAUGAACUUGGAAGUUGUCGUAAACAGCUGGAGGAUAGCAAGUCUGAGGCCCAUCGCUAUCAGUCACAGAUCAACAAACUGGAAAACGAUAUUAAGUUUAAACAAGCCCAACAUGCUGACUGUCUAGAGCAGAAUCAGAAGCUGAAUGAAAGCUUACAGAAGUUACAGGCCUCCUCCAAAGAGACCAGGGAUGCUCUCACUGCUGAGGUGGCAGAGAGACAUGACAGUGCGAUGAAGAUAAAGAUGGAGUCACGUGAGCUGGAAGAGAAGUUACGAGAGGCCCUGGCCACCGCUCAGCAUCGCGGGGAGGUCAUUAAACAGCUGCGGGAUGAGGUCAAACAAGCCAACUCAAUGACACAGGAAGUACAGACAAAAUUGGAGGAGCGAGACAAAGAGGUUCAGGCAUCGUCUUCACGGAGCCAGACUCAAGCAAGGGAGGUGGACCAGUUGCAAACCCAGAUACAAGAGCAGAACUUGACCCUCAGUCAGCAAGAAACUCUGUACAAGUCGGAACUGUCUGACAAAGAGGAGGAGAUUUCCCGUCUCAGGGGUGACAUCACCGUGAUGAAGGAGAAGCUGGCCCAGAACCAAGCUCAGCUUGUCUCUCGUGAGGAGCAUAUCCAGAGGCUACAGGAAGAUCUGUCUGUUAAUCAGAGCACAAUAUCACGCCGGGAAAGCCUGCUAAAGAAGCUAGAGAUGGAUCUUCAUAACUCUGAGAUGGAAAGGAAACGUGCCUUGGAUGAUUUGUCUCGCCGUGAGAUUAGCCUUCAGCAGUUGGAGUCUGACUUGUCUGCGUCCAAAAAGAUGUACCGUGACUCUGUUGAGGAAAAUGGGCGCCUUGAAGCCAGAAUCCAGGCGUUUGCGCUCAAUGCUCAAAGUGAACAGGAUGUACUCAAUGAUGAGGUAAAGAGGAGAGAAGAGGUUAUCCAGAGGUUAAAAUUGGAGCAGAUAAACCUUCUGGAAGAGAACAGUCGGCAAGAGGAAAAGAUCUCACAGCUGAAGAGAGAAAUGGAGGAUCUGAGGUCCCAGUGUCGCCUGUCUCAGUCAGACCUGGACCAACGCAAGUCCUCCAUCCACACCCUGGAGGACCAGUUGGAGGAGGCAAGGGCGCGUAACUCCUCUCACCUUAAUGAGAUCAGUCGUCUGGAGGACAGCAUGAGAGGACUGAACAUCGAACUGACAACGGUAAACUCCCAGAAUGACAGCCUACAGAACAAUCUCACCAACAAAGAGGAGAUAAUUCAGCAGUUGAGGACUGAUGUUGACUCUCUACAGAAACAGCAGAAAGAUACCCUCAACAAGAUGGCUCAGAAGGAUGACCAGCUGAGCAAGGUGUCAAGUGAGCUGACCAGACUUAAAUCUAAGCAUGCUGAAAAAUGCACAGAGGUGGAAAGGCAGGUGGAGUCCAUUAAGAGACUACAGGACACCCUGGCUCAAUGUCACUAUGACCUUGAUGAGAAUAAGAGACGCUCAGAGGAAAAUCUGCUACGAAAAGAAGAUGGUAUCAAGCAGAUUCAGGAGGAUUUACUGGAAUCUCAGUCCCAGUACACAGCCUGCUACAAUGAGUUACUGAAGUUGGAAGAUGAGGUAGAGAAAUUGAAAGCAGAGAACUCAUGCCUGAGCGAGGCAUCCCAUCGUUACAACCAGGCAGCCAAUCAGCUACAGGAGCAAUACAACCAGAUUGAGCUGGAUCUCACAAUUUCCCAGGAAAAACACCGAACCUGUCAGAAAGAGGUGUCAAACAAGGACCAGAUUAUCCUGAAGCUGCAGACUGAGCUGGACACCUCACAACAGAAGUACACUGGCUGCAUGGAAGAGUUGGGUAUUCGAGAGGAGGAGUGCAGUCGGUUGAAUAACAAAAUCAAAGAGCUUCAGGGUGAAAUUCGUGAGCUUAAUGGGCAGAUAGACAGUCAAGAGGAGAAGAUUACUCAAGAUGGAAAAGGCAUUCACCAGCUGCAGCAUGACCUGGAAAUUGCUCAACAAGAGGUUAGGAACCAUGUGAAGACUGUGGAGCAAAUGAAGGCUGACUUACAGAUGAGCAAGUCUUCCCACAGUGAGGAGGUCCAGCGCUACAUACAGGACCUUGACCUAUUGAGGGAGGAGCUGGAGACAGCCCGAUCGCAGCUGACUGAGGCCGACGCACACAAUGCUGACCUCAAGAGUAGCGUGGAUGGGACCAAUGAGGAAGUGGAGAGACUACGUCAAGCACAGAGCGAGGCCACCAUGAUGCUUGAGAAGCAGUCUGACACCAUCAAGAACCUUGAAGUUCAGCUGUCUGAGUAUAAGCAGGCUGUUCUGGUGACUGAGGAUCAGUUGGGGGAGGGAAGAGAGACCCAGGAGAAGUUAGAGACAUCUCUGAAUAGCUACAAACACAAGUAUAGCCAAGCUCAUAACCAGAUCUCCCACCUAGAGGGGACCGUCAGGACUCUGCAGGAAAAACUGUCUGACAGCAGGAGCCGGGAGCUGGAGCAGGAGGAGACCGUGAAGCGUAUGAAGGAAGACACAGAGACCCUGGACAGGAUCCUGAAGGAGACAAAGUCUGAGCUGGCUCGCUGUGAGGAUGUGAUAGAGCAGCUGACACAGGAGCUGACCGCAUGCCAUGAGGACCUGAGCCAGACACAGGCCCAGCUGAGGGAGGGACAGGAAACCAUAGCCAGUCUGGGAGACCAGCUAAAGCAAGCUCAGCUGCAGGCCACAGCGUGCGACGAUCAGGCUAGGAAACUGGAGAAAGAUCUAGCCAGAUAUCAAGGAGAAUAUAGCCAUACAAACCAAGAGUUUGCAGAGAAAGAUGAGCGUAUUGGUCAGCUGGAGUUUGAGCUGGAGGACUGUCAGGGUUUGGUAGUGCGAAAGUCAGACCAGGUGGCAGAGCUGACCACUCAAAUACAGGCUCUGAAGGAAGAACUGGCCAGAACUAUUGGGGAGAAAGAGACGGUCAGCGCAGAGGUGGGCCAUCUGCAGGAUAACCUGCAUGAGAUACAAUUGAACCUGGCUUCCGCACACCAGCGUCACAAGACAGAGGUGGCGAAGCUGGAGGAGCAGCUACGCGGAGAAGAGCGCCAUCUGGAGGAGAUGACACAGCACUGCGCUGCACUGGAUCAGGAGAUCAAGCGCAAGGAGGAGCUGAUUGGACGAAGGGACGAAGAGAUGCAGGCAGCUCGGGACAAUAUAGCGGCAAAAGUUGACGAGAUAGAGCGGCUGGAGAAGACAAUCCGAGAGCUGAACGUUAAUAUCUCCUCCCUGCAGAAGACACUGAAACAGACAGAGAAUACUUUGUCUGAUGUUCAGUCAGAUAUGGACAUGGUGAGGACUGAGCUGUUAGAGGUCCGCUCUCAGUACAAGGACUGUGCCCAGGAGCUUGCUCACCAUGAGGAGAAGUUAAUGUUAAUGGAACAGUCGCUGCAAACCACACAGGAACAGCUGAGCCAGAGGGUCACAGAGGUUGUCAGGCUGGAGCAGAUCAACCGAAAACAACAAACCGAGCUUAAAACUAUGACUGAGCGCAACGCUAGCUAUGAAGGAGAGAUUAGUGAACAGAAGGCCCUGAUAGAAAAGCUUCGUAAAGAUCUACUCUCUUCCAAAGAGGCCAACCAUGAGGCGCAGCAGGAAGGCAUGGCAUAUAAACAGCAGGUGCAUAAAUGUGCAGUGGAGCUGGAGGGACUGAAGGAACAGGAAAAAAUGCUCACUGAACAGGUGGAACAGCAAGAUCAGUUACUGAGUCAGUUACAAGCGGAGCUACGUAGUGAAAGAACCCGUCAUCAGGACACUAACCGUAGCUUACAGCAGGCGCGGCGAUCAGCUGGGGACCUCAAUGAAGACAUGGAAGCUUGUCAGAAACAACUCAAGGAUCUCACUGCCAGGGUUAAGGAAAGAGAUGAUAUCAUCCAAAGCCAGAGGGCAGAUAUUGACACACUUCAACAGGGUCAGAGGUCACUGAAAGAAGACCUGGCAGAGAGAGAUGGCCAGUUGCGUGUGGCCAAAAUGAACCUGGAGUCUUCUCAGAAACAGACUUACCAUCGGGGACAAGAGAUAUCCCGCUAUGAAGAGUCCCUGAGCCAGGUGCAGAAUGAACUAGAGAAGGCACAAGACCAGUACAGGAAGUGCCACGCCGAGCUGCUGGACAAUGAGCAGAAGGUUCAUGACCUCAAGGUACAAUUGACCACUGUCCAGGGCAACCACAAGGAGGCUAUGGAACAGCUCGCUGACCGGUCCAAGUUCGUGGCGGCCCUGAGGACUGAAAUGGCCAAACUACAACAACAGAAUAAGUCCAUGACUGAAGAGAUUGCUAUGUACGAGGAAAAAAUGCGUAAACUGAGACAGGAGUUAAAGAAGUUGCAGGAAGUCAAUCUAGCAUCUGAAGAUGAGUUGCAGAACUAUGAGUCACGGUUCAUGAAUCUUCAGUCAGAACUGGCCUCUAGUCAGGAAAAACAUCGCGAGACUCUGCAGGACCUCUCUAUCAAGGAGGAGGAGGUGGUUGUUAUCAAGGUGGAGUUGUCUGCCCUUCAGGAGAAGUACAAAGCUACUGUGGAUGAGACAGACAGAUUCCGUAAUGAGCUGGAGCUUUUAGAACACAACUACAGAAGCGCUAAUGAGGAGAUAGAAGGACUGCGUGUAGCCCUGGAGGAUUCGCGGGCCAAUGGGGACAGGCUUCACCGUGAGAGCGAGCUGGUAGUCCAGAAUGUCAAUGCCUGGGUGCAGGAACAAAAACAGGCCAAUGAAAAACUCGGAACUAAAAUCAGAGAGCAGAGUAAAGCAAUAAUGCAGUUGACAUCUGAAAAAGAGCAGUUGAAUGAACAGUUGGAAAGGUAUCAGAAACACAUCACCAAAUUGAAAUUGGAGGUGGAGGAUCGUAAGGCAGAUUCCGAACGCUUCAAGGCUUUACAAACACAUUCAACUCAUCAACAAGUUUUACUAAAUCAGCUGAAGUCCAGACUGGAAGAUUAUGAGAAUGAACAAGGGAGUGAACUCCAGGCCAAAGUGUCUACAAUUGAAGAUUUACACAGCCGUUUGAAAGGAAACAUUGACAGCAUCCAACAGCUUAAUCAACAGCUGAGUGCAUGUCAGAAAGAGAACCUGCGGCUAAGGGCAGAGCUUGAACACGAGAUUUCCAGUCGUCAGACAUUCCAGCUUCAGGCAGAAACCAAGGACCAGAUGAUCAGUAGCUUGAAAGGCCAACUUGAGGCGAAAGCUCACCAGUACCUCAUUGAACAGGAUUCCCCUAACAAACUGAAGGCGGAGAGGCCAGAGUCCAGUCAAAAGAUGAGAAGAGACAGAUCACCAAGUCGUGAAGAGGCCUGCUCCCCCUACCCCUACAAUAGAACUACCCCAACUGAGGGGCUUUUUGGUGACUCCAAAUCUUUGGACAAGUCCUACUGGAUACAGCGAGUGGGACAGUUAUCUCUACAGUUGCAACAGAGUAGUGAAUAUUGGGCAGAUAAAGUUCGUGAGAUGUCACACCAGCUGGAGCAGGUGCGCAACUCCAUCCCAUCCUCACCUACGCUCUCUAGGUCAAGGUCAAGGUCACCCAAGGCUCGCUCUCCAAAAUCUAGAAUCCGCAUCGCAUAGACCAAACUUUUAUUGACGUAACUUUGUGUGAAUG